AUGGAGAAGGGGGAUAAAGUUUUAUCCCAGGAAGAAGUUGAUGAGGACAAUGAUAAGGAAUCAGAGACAGAGGAAACAGAUGUAGGCGACAGCAAGUUGGCACACGACAUCACUCAAGUCAACACAAGGCAGUUUAAAAAUAAUGGGGGAGCCGUCAAAACUGAUGUUCUAACUGAGCUCAUGUCCCCGGAGCCGCGAGGAUCAGAGCGGGAACUGCCGCCUACCCCUCUACCUCCUGCCAGUGUGCCAGGUAAAGUACACAGCAUGUGCCCUUUGACACAGUACCCUCACAGCAUGCACCCCUCAGACUCUCUGUGGCCCGAGUUUUACUUCUGUUUCCUCAGAGACACUGAGCAGAGAGGUCAAAGGGUCGUGGCCAUGACAGCAGGGGCAAGGCCUCAACCUCUGACACAGGGUCCGUCUCUGAAAGCUCAGAGGAUGCUGUACGAGUCCAGGAUGAACACUCUGUCCGUUCCUGUCGUUUCAGCCAAUCACCAACCAAAACACGCACUCAAAGAGCGAGGGACAGCCUAUAGACCGGGUCUUCAAGUGCAACAGGGCUACGCUGGCGGGAUGGGCCGGACUGGACGCACAGGUUACCGAGGCCCCAUUGGUCCACCAGGGAUGCCCGCCAUCGUAGUGUUCAAGAGCUCUGAGGAAGAGUGGGAGACCUUCAAGAGAUUGAAGGGCCCUCCAGGGCCUCUUGGCCCCCCUGGGGAUGCUGGACCUCCUGGUGGUCCUGGACCACCAGGGAUGCCUGGGCCUCCAGGAAGAACUGGGAGUGAUGGGAUUGAUGGUAUAAAUUCUGAUGAUGGCCCUGCAGGACCACCUGGGGAACAGGGUCUCCAGGGUUACAGAGGAGAGAAGGGCAGCAAAGGGGAGCUGGGUGAGUGGGGUUAUGAAGGGGAACCAGGACCCCAGGGAAACAGAGGCCGGAAAGGAGACAAGGGGAAUAAAGGAAACCGAGGGCUCAUAGGGAUCACUGGAUACAUAGGAAUACCUGGAGCCAGAGGACAACUGGGCUACCCGGGAACAUCUGGACCUCCUGGCAAAAUGGGGCCAAGAGGGCCAAAGGGGGUACCAGGAGUCAAUGGACCACCAGGCCAACCAGGUGAGCGAGGCCUAAGAGGACCACUCAGGCCUCAGGGAGAGCCAGGUCCUGAUGGGAUUGUUGGAUUCCCUGGCGUUCCUGGACCUCAGGGGGACGCAGGUGAUGAGGGGAAUAUAGGAGAAUCAGGACUCUCUGGGCUUCACGGAGCCAAUGGCAAACCAGGAAAAACUGGACCCUCAGGUGACCCAGGGAUCAAAGCAUCUAAGAGAAGUGACAAGGGUGACCCAGGAUUUAAAGGGGACCAGGGUCGACCUGGGCCUCCAGGUAAAAGAGGCUUUAAAGGCAGAGGAGGAGCAUCAGGGCUGCUAGGUAAUGUUGGACCAGUGGGGCCCCCUGGAUUUCUUGGAACCACAGGUUAUGAUGGAAUCAUUGGGGAGAAUGGUAAGCAGGGAAAAGAUGGGCCAAAGGGACCCAUCGGAGGAACUGCAUCUGACGGGGAUACUGGAUCUACUGGACUAAGGGGUGCCAAAGGUAAAGAGGGUCCGAACGGCCUUCUGGGAAAUCCUGGCCUGAAGGGCGUGCAGGGAUUGACAGGGAUACAGGGAUACAGAGGAGCUCCUGGCAUAGCAGGCAAUAUAGGACCAUGGGGUGAGGUGGGCCUCCAAGGGCCACCAGGGAACAAGGGGCCCCCAGGAUUAGUUGGGCCCCGUGGAGUUGUAGGUUACCCAGGUAAAGAUGGACCACAAGGAGGUAUUGGGCCAGUGGCAGACAAAGGGGAUAAGGGGUCCAGAGGAGCUAUCGGACAGAAGGGAGUUGCUGGUGUCGAUGGUGAGGAGGGAUACUUAGGGCCAUCAGGGGACAGAGGGAAAGAAGGAGCUUCAGGACUCAAGGGCCAGCCGGGCAUCAGAGGCCCUUCAGGUCUCGCUGGGCGUUACGGACCAGGGGGCAACACCGGAAGAGGCCGGGCCAAGGGAGAGAAGGGGCUCCCCGGAACCACAGGGCCUCCUGGAAGGUUUGGGCCUACAGGCUUAGUUGGACCAAAAGGACCAACAGGAGAUUAUGGGGAGAGGGGAAAGACUGGGACUGGUGGUGUCAAAGGAGACGUGGGAUUGCAAGGUCCAAGCGGGAAGAAAGGAGAGUCUGGAACAGGAGGCAAAAUGGGGACAUUGGGAAAGAGGGGGUUCACCGGGUCUCCAGGAGGUAAAGGCAGACCUGGGCCUGCUGGUGCCCCUGGAGAGAAAGGUGGUAAAGGAAUAGAAGGGCCAAAGGGACUUGCUGGUUUGGAUGGAUUGCUGGGGGUUGAAGGAAAUGAAGGAGAUAAUGGUGAUAUUGGUUACAGAGGAACCCCUGGGAGACCUGGUCUACCAGGGAAGAUGGGUCAAAGUGGACAACCUGGAUUGAGUGGUGGUCACGGAGCACCAGGGUCAAAGGAAAACGAGGACCUGCAGGGCCAAUGGGGCCACGGGUAA